AUGCAGGCUCCCCUGGAGGACGCUGAGGACGAAGGUGAGGAUGAGGAGCAGGUGGCACAGGCUCAGGAGCGCCUCCUGCAGGCGCUGAUGGCGCGCACGGCGCGGGAGCUGCCCCGGCGGCAACUGGAGCAGGACUGGGCUGUACUGGGAGAACUGGGCAGCGGCUCCUACGGACGGGUGGUGCUGGCAGAGCCCCGGGAUGGAGGUGCGCGGGUGGCGCUGAAGCUGUUGUCCAAGGAGCGCACGGCCAGGUGCAGUUUCCUGCGGGAGUUCUGCACUCACCUGUGCCUGCGGGGGGUGCUCACCUGUGUCCAGGUGCUGCCACUCGCCUUCGAGACCCCCACGGAGUUCGGCUUCGCUCAGGAGCUUGCACCUGCUGGGGACCUGUGCGGCCUCCUCACACCUGGGGUUGGUCUCCCGGAGCCCCAGGUGAAGCGCUGCGCUGCCCAGGUGUCCUCGGCCCUGUCUUACCUGCACGGCCACGCCCUGGUUCACCGUGACCUGAAGCUGGACAACGUCCUGGCCUUCGACCCCGAGUGUCACCUGGUCAAGCUCGGCGACUUCGGCCUGACUCGCGUGCUGGGCUGGCAAGUGCGGCCCACGCCGGGCCCCGCCCCCUACGCCGCACCUGAGCUCUGGCACCCGUGCGCAGGUGAGGCGCGGCUGCGGCUGGAGCCCGCGCUGGACACCUGGGCGUUCGGCGUGCUGCUCUUCGCUCUGCUCACCGGCGCCUUCCCCUGGGCCUCACCUGCACGCUCCGACCCCGCCUUCCGCCGCUUCCGCGCCUGGCACGGCCGCACCUGCCCAGGUGAGGCCCCGCCCAGGCCGCCGCGCGCCUGGAGGGGGCUGGGGGAGGCGGCGCUGCGGCUGUUGAGGGGGUUGUUGCAUCCCUCACCUGGGCGGAGGUGUCCGCCCGGGGAGGUGCUCAGGUACCUGGGUAGGCCGUGGGCGGGUGAGGGGGGACAGGUGAGCGCUGCGGGUGAGGGGGGACAGGUGAGUGCUGUGGGGGAAGGGGGGAGCAGGCAGGGAUCAUCCUCAGAUGAGAGUGGGAGUGGCCAGGUGAGCUCUGCAGGUGAGAAUGAGAAUGGACAGGUGAGUGCUGCAGGUGAGAAUGAGGAGGGACAGGUUCCCGGAGCGGGCGGCGGCUCCAGCUGGAAAUAUUUCCUGAUCCCGGUGAAUUACUGGGAAUUUUUCCUCGAUCCCGAUGAAUUUUUGGGAAUUUUUCCCUGA